CCCCGCCCCGAAACGCCCCGUCCCGGCGCCUCCCCAGGGCCCCGAGGGUCCCGCCCGCGCGCUUCUCCUCGCCUGCGGGCUGUUCCGCUCUCAACCAUGGCUCAGUACUUCUCCCUGGCCACCUGUGACGUGGUGGGCUUCGACCUGGACCACACGCUGUGCCGCUACAACCUGCCCGAGAGCGCCCGGCUCAUUUAUAAUAGCUUUGCUCAGUUCUUAGUCAAGGAGAGGGGAUACGAUAAGGAAUUGCUCACUCUGACCUCCGAGGACUGGGAUUUCUGUUGCAAGGGUUUGGCCUUGGACCUGGAAGAUGGGACCUUCAUUAAGCUUGCGGAUGAUGGCACUGUGCUCAGGGCAAGCCAUGGCACCAAGAUGAUGACUCCAGAGGCACUCGCCAAGGCCUAUGGCAAGAAGGAGUGGAAGCACUUUGUGUCAGACACUGACAUGCCUUGCUGCUCAGGAAAGUGUUAUUUUUAUGAUAACUACUUUGACCUCCCGGGAGCUCUUCUGUGCGCCAGAGUGGUGGAUUCUUUAACAAAGCAGAACAGAGGUCAAAAAACAUUUGAUUUUUGGAAGGAUGUAGUUGCUGGUAUACAACACAAUUUUAAAAUGUCAGCUUUUAAGGAAAACUGUGGAUUGUUCUUUCCAGAAAUAAAAAGAAAUCCAGGCAAGUAUGUGUACCGUUGCCCCGAAUCUGUAAGAAAGUGGCUUCGACAGCUGAAGAAUGCUGGGAAAAUUGUUGUGUUAAUUACAAGUUCUCACAGUGAUUACUGUAAACUUCUUUGCAAUUAUAUCCUUGGGCAUGAUUUUGCAGACUUUUUUGACAUUGUGAUUACAAAUGCAUUGAAGCCUGGAUUCUUCUCCCACUUUCCAAGUCAGAGGCCUUUCCACACACUGGAAAACGAUGAGGAGCAGGAAGAGCUGACAUCUCUGGAUAAACCUGGCUGGUACUCCCAAGGAAAUGCUGCCCACCUUUAUGAACUUCUGAAGAAAAUGACUGGCAAACCUGAACCCAAGGUUGUUUACUUUGGUGACAGCAUGCAUUCAGAUGUUUUCCCAGCCCGACACUAUAGUAACUGGGAGACGGUCCUCAUCCUGGAGGAGCUCCGAGGGGAAGAAGAUGAGAAGCCUGAGGAGGCAGAGCCCCCAGAGAAGAGAGGAAAAUACGAGGAACCAAAGGUAAAGCCUCUAAAUACCUUAUCUAACAAAUGGGGCUCAUAUUUUAUUGACUCAGUUUCAAGACAAGGAAAUGCAGAAGACUCCUUGGUUUAUACAUGGUCUUCUAAGAGAAUCAGCACCUACAGCACUAUUGCAAUCCCAAGCCUUGAAGCUAUUGCAGAGUUACCCCUGGACUACAAAUUUACAAGAUUCUCUUCAAAUAAUUCAAAAACAGCUGGUUACUAUCCAUUGGUCCAUUAUGGCUUGGGUUCUUGAAACAUAGACAGCAAAAUAAUCUUUACUGAAAAAUGAAGCAUCUAUGCAGCAGGAUAUUGAUUAAAAAUGUUGAUUUUUCAAAAAACAUUGUAAGAUGCUUUAUAGGAACAAGUUUUCGAUGGAAAGUGACCAAAUUGCUUAUUUGUCAAUAGGUCUUUUUAUAUAAAUCGUUUUUAUAUAAAUCAUUUUGAUGUUUAACAAUUCUUGAUCUAUUAAAAGUUUUAGUAUCCUAGACUAAAAAAAAUAAUAUUACUGCUAUUUUCUAUACCAAUAGUUUUGAGAAUUCACCUGGGGUAAUAUGCAUAUACACAUAUGUAAACAUGUCUUUAUACAUGUACCUAAUCCAGCAGUUCUCAAAACAUGGGCCAGGGCCUGAUAGCAUAGCAACUAUAAGUUGGUCAUGGAGAUUUGAAGCCCCACUCAAAGCCUGUUGAAUCAGAACCUCUGGAUGUGGAGCCCAGCGAUGUGCUUUAAACAAGCCUUACAAUGGUUCUGCUUCUCAACUACAAUUUGAGAACCAGUGAGUUAUCCUUAUCCCUGUGUUCCAGGGAUAGAUUUGAGUGAAUAAACUAAGCUGAACCUCCAUGUCUUUUUUGUGUUCUUAUUGAAAAGUAGAACCAGCACGGAGGCCAACACCAGAAUCUCAUGAGACUCAGUUAUUUUUUUCAAGCUUCAAGACUUUUGCUAUUCCUGUUUUUCCUAAAAUAAGGAAAUAAAGAGACAUGAUUUCUUGAGAUAAUACAUCCUUAUUCCUUUGUUAAUUUCCCCUGUUAGGGAGUUUAAUUUAUACUUACUAAAUUUAACUUAAACUUUUGUCCUGGGAAAGGAGAGUAGUCAAAGGUUGAGAAAAAUUGCUUUAAAGGGUUUUAUCCAGAAUCGUGUUCUGUGUGCUUUUGGUUGGUCACCUUAAUGGCAUUUGGAUCAGAUCAUGUUUGUGCAAGCUGUUCGUACUCCGAUGUUUCACUUCCUGGCUACCUUUAUGCUUGUAACUUCACUGUCCACAAUGAACAAGACCAGAAAACAUUAUUACUGUUUUUCCUGGGUGAUAGCAGGAAUUUAGCAUUAUUGACAUAUAGUGAAAAACUACAUUGUUAAAAUUUGCAAAUGUUUAAGUAAAUUCCAAACAUAUUAUAGGGAUGAGUAUCUCAGGGUAAUUAAAAGGCUAUCAUACUUUUCCCCUCAAAGUCAGUAUUUUUUAAUUCUGUCAAUGUCUCCACGUACUUUGAUGUAUUUGAUAUCCAGAAUGUCAUUGGUGUAUUAUAAUGAGCAUAAAUAAUCAACCUUAGGGCCAAAUAAAAGUUAUCUCUUACAUGCUUUCAGAUUUAAUUUUGCUUAAAAAUAAAGCUAUUUUUCCCUA